CAAAAGGCUCCGGAGGUCCGGCAGCAGGGUCCUGGACCUCCUUCAUGAUGGUAGCAAUGAGAACAAGGCAUGACCGGGGUGAUGCGGGUCCUUAAUGAUGAAUGCCACCUUUUUGAGGCAUCGCUCCUUGAAGAUGUCCCGGAGGCCAGUGCCCGCGAUGGAGCUGACCAAGUUUACAACUCCCUGCAGCUUAUUUCGAUCCUGUGCAGUGGCCCCACCUUUCCCAUGCCAGACGGUGAUGCAGCCGGGCAGAAUGCUCUCUCCAGUACAUCUGUAGAAAUUUGCAUGUGCCUUUGAUAACAUAGCAAAUCUCCUCAAACUCCUCAUGAAAUAUAGCCGUUGUCCUACCUUCUUUGUAGCUGCAUCAAUAUGUCGGGUCUAGGUUAGGUCGUCAGAGAUAUUGACACCCAGGGAUUUGAAAUUGCUCACUCUCUCUCCACUUCUGAUCCCUCUGUGAGAAUUGGGUGUGUUCCCUCGCCUUAGCCUUUCUGAAGUCCACGGUUAGUUCUUUGGUCUUCCUGAUGUCGUGCAAGGCUGUUGCUGCAGCACCACUCAACCAGCUGAUCUGUCUCGCUCCUGUACGCCCUCUUCUCACCAUCUGCAAGUCUGCCAACAAUAGUUUUGUCAUCUGAAAUGCAAUCCUUCACCCCGUGAUGUAAUUUGUAAAUCUUUUUACAGAUUCAAAGCGACAAAAAAUUUCUGCAGGAGGAAUCUCAAACAGAACAACAGGUCAGACUUGCUGUCUCUGUCAAGAUAUUUAAGGAGUGACCAGAUUGUAACACCGACAUAUUGAUCGUUGGAGAUGGAGGGUAUCUCAUCCAGCUGGAAACGUGUUUUGUGUUUGAAAUGAAGUUUUCUGUUGUAAUCCAGUGAAAUCGACUGGAACCAGGUACUGAAAACACACCAGCAUUUGUUCACAAGAGAUCAGUCCUUCAACGGCACUGACUGUGCGAGGGAUUCACUAUGUCUGACAUCUGACUUGAUGCAUUGCCAGGUAAUUCAUAGAGGACCGUGGGAAAGGAUUCACUCACUCAUCCCAACUGCAGACACACCAGCGAGUUCACACUGAGGAGAGGCCUUUCAUUUGCUCAGAUUGUGGGAUGGGAUUCACUCAAUCAUCUGACCUACAGAGACACCAGUCAGUUCAUACUGGGGAGAGACCGUUCACCUGUUCUAUGUGUGGGAAGGGAUUCACUCGGUCAUCCAACCUACAGAGACACCAGUUAGUUCACACUGGGGAAAGGCCGUUCACCUGUUUAGACUGUGGGAAGAGAUUUACUCAGUCAUCUCAGCUGAAGGUACAUCAGCGGGUUCACACUGGGGAGAAGCCGUUCACCUGCUCAGACUGUGGGAAGGGGUUCACUCAGUCAUCCCACCUGCAUAAACACCAGUCCGUUCACAAUGGGGAGAGGCCGUUCACCUGUUCAGACUGUGGGAAGGGUUUCACUCAGUCAUCGCAAUUGAAAGUACAUCAGCGAAUUCACACUGGGGAGAAACCGUUCCUGUGCACAGACUGUGGGAAGGGAUUCACUCAGUCAUCCCACCUACUGGCUCACCAGUCAGUUCACACUGGAGAGAGGCCAUACACCUGCCUAGAAUGUGGGAAGGGAUUCACUCACUCAUCCAACCUACAGAGACACCAGCGAGUUCACACUGGGGAGAGGCCGUUCCUCUGCUCAGACUGUGGGAAGAGAUUCACUCAGUCAUUUAACCUGCUGACACAUCAGUUAGUUCACACUGGGUAGGGGCCGUUCUCUGCUCAGACUGUGGGAAGGGAUUCACUCGAAAUCUCAAGUGAAGGUAAAUCAGUGAGUUCACACUGGAAAGAAGCUGUUUACCUGCUCGGACUCUGGAAGGGGAUUCACUAAGUCGCCUGGCCUACUGGCACACCAGCGAGUUCACACUGGGGAGAGACUGUUCACCUGUUCUGAAUAUGGGAAGGGAUUCACUCCAUCAUCUCACCUUGUGGCACACUAUUGGGUUCACACUGGGGAGAAAGUUUAAAUAAGCUGCAUGCUGGAUACUUAACCAGUGUGGUUGCUGAAUCCAGAGGGAAGAUCAAAAGUGACUGUUGUUGUCAAACUCAGCAAUUAUUGCUGCUCCUCACACCCAGUUCUGCACCCUGGUCACUGGGCACAGGAGGAGUUUCUUCUGUCAAUGUUCACCUUUAAUAGGACUGGAGUUUAAUAUUCUGGAUCUGUGACGAAUAAAUCAGUUCUAUUUUAA